ACAACCACACAAGAAUCAUUUUCAGCAUUUUGUUGUUUGUAAAAAAUCUAAAAUAAAUAUCUAUAUUUCUGAAUCUCAUCUUAGCAAUUCAUUUGAAAAAAUAAUCUGUCAUUCUACAAGACACCAGAAGACAGUGAGUUUGACGUCAAAAGACUCAGAAAGUGUCUUCAGCAUCCUGUCACAAGAGCCCAAAGAGGAACUGCAGAGCUGCAGGAUGUCGAGUUCUCUAGUCGUGUGCGAGGUGGAUGUCAGUCUGCAGGAGAAGCUCAAGAAGUUUCGCUUUCGUAAGGAGACGAACAACGCAGCCAUUCUGAUGAAAAUCGAUAUGGAGAAACAGCUGGUCAUCCUGGAGGAAGAAUAUGAGAAUAUCUCUCUGGAUGAACUCAGAGAAGAACUUCCAGAGCGUCAGCCACGAUAUAUUGUGUACAGUUAUAAACUGACCCACGGAGACGGACGUGUGUCAUAUCCGCUCUGCUUCAUCUUCUCUAGUCCUGUGGGCUGUAAACCAGAGCAGCAGAUGAUGUACGCAGGCAGCAAGAACAGACUGGUUCAGUCCGCAGAUCUCACGAAGAUUUUUGAGGUUCGUAAUCCGGACGACCUGACCGAAGAAUGGCUGAAGGAGAAAUUGUCAUUCUUUCGCUAAAUUGUGACCAGAAUCUUGAAAUCAUGCAGAAACAAAGUUCAAGAAUGAUUUUGAGUUGUUGUUUAAAAAAAUACUUUAUCAUAAUUCUUGCUCAUUUCAUUUUCUUAAAUGUCUUAUGUAAGACAUUGUGCCUGUAAGUCUGUGUGAGCCAUGUUCACAGUGGCCUAAAGCAUUUUAAUUAACAUAAUUCAUAAGAUAAAUCAUGUUUUGAAGUCUCA